AUGAGCUCUGCCCUGCUGCUGGCCCUGCUGGGCAUCACCCUCCCCCUGCCCGGAGUGAGGGCCCUGAACUGUCACUGGGGCAUAGCACAGACCGUGAGGAAUGUAUCUGAACAGCCCUUCCAGUGGAAGAUUUCCCAGAAGAACUGUGGGGAAGGUUUGGGCUGCCAGGAAACAGUGAUUAUCACCCAGAACGAACCCCUCCUGUACCUGUUGCUCAUCAAAGGCUGCACCCAGGCAGCCAAUCAGGAGGCCCGCGUCACUGAGCACAGGGCAGGCCCCGGCCUGUCCAUCACCUCCUACACCCGGGUAUGCCGGGAGAAUCUGUGCAAUGACCUCUCCACCAGCCUCCCUCUCUGGACCCCGCUCCCAACCACAGUCCCAGGUUCUGUGCGGUGUCCAGUCUGCUUGUCUACAGAAGGCUGUCUGUCGGCCCCAGAGAUGACCUGCCCAGCCGAGAGCUCACACUGCUACAAUGGGGUCCUCCACCUCACUGCUGAGGGCGGCUCCACCAGACUCAAAGUCCAAGGAUGCAUUUCUCAAGCAGGCUGCAACCUGCUGAACGGAACCCAGGAAAUCAGGCCCAUCAGCCUGCGGGAGACUUGCAGCCCUAAAGGUGUUCUGACGUGUUAUCGGGGGAUCAUACUGCAGAUGUCUCCAAACCUGAGCCGGGACCCUGUCAAGUGGUCCACAUCCAGGGAGCAGCAGUGUAACCCUGGGGAGGUGUGUCAGGAGACCCUUCUGCUCAUAGAUGUAGGACCCAGGUCGAUCCUGCUGGGAAGCAAAGGCUGCAGCCAGGUCAGAACCCAGGCUACCUCCAUCCACUCGAGGCCCCCCGGAGUGCUGGUCGCUUCCUAUACCCGGGUCUGCUCCUCCAACUACUGCAACUCGGCUGCCAGCAGCAGCGUCCUGAUCAAUGUCCUCCCUCGUCCAGCCGCCCCGGCCCCAGGACACCUGCAAUGUCCCAUCUGUCUGGCUCUUGGAUCCUGCUCACAAAGCUCUAACGUUGUGACGUGUCCUAACGGCACCAGUCACUGUUACAAGGGUGAGAUUUUUCUCCAGGGAGGUGGGCUGGUCUCCCCAGUGGGCAUCCAGGGCUGCGUGGCCCACCCUUCCAGCACCUUGUUGAGCCGUACGAAGAGUAUCGGGGUCUUCGAUGUGACUGAGACCCGUGAGGGUGUCACUGAGGUGGAUCAGCCUCUAACCCAAAGUGGAGCUGCCCCUGUCCCUUCCCUGGCUUGGGCGGUGGGGCUGUCCCUAGCCCUUUGGUGUGGGGCGCCCUCCUUGCUGACCCUGUUCCCCCAUGAUCCUUAG